CCAAGAAUGCGGGUCACCCGGCUACCGUCACAGCGUCCACUUCCCGUGCAGACCGAGGCUCCUCCCUCCUUCGCGUUCCUCCCAACCCGGUCAACUUGAGGGCGUCUGCCUCCUGCUGUCUCUCUCUUCACCACCAGACAAGCCUGACAUCAAGAUCCCAAUGGCUAAUGAAGCUAACCCUUGCCCAUGUGACAUUGGUCACAAGCUAGAGUAUGGUGGCAUGGGCCAGGAAGUUCAGGUUGAGCACAUCAAAGCAUAUGUCACCCGGUCCCCUGUGGAUGCUGGCAAAGCUGUGAUUGUCGUUCAGGAUAUAUUUGGCUGGCAGCUGCCAAACACCAGGUAUAUGGCUGACAUGAUUGCCGGAAAUGGAUACACAACUAUUGUCCCAGACUUCUUUGUGGGGCAAGAGCCAUGGGACCCAGCUGGUGACUGGUCCACCUUUCCUGAGUGGUUGAAAUCAAGAAAUGCCAGAAAAGUCAAUCGGGAGGUCGAUGCUGUCUUGAGGUACCUGAAACAACAGUGUCAUGCCCAGAAGAUUGGCAUUGUAGGCUUCUGCUGGGGGGGUGGUGUUGUGCACCAAGUGAUGAUGACAUACCCAGAAGUCAGUGCGGGGGUGUCUGUCUAUGGCAUUAUCAGAGAUGCUGAGGAUGUUUAUAAUCUAAAGAACCCAACACUGUUCAUUUUUGCAGAAAAUGAUGCCGUGAUUCCACUUGAGCAGGUUUCUGUGCUGACCCAGAAACUGAAAGAACACUGCAUAGUCAACUACCAAGUUAAAACAUUUUCUGGGCAAACUCAUGGCUUUGUGCACCGGAAGCGAGAAGACUGCUCUCCUGCUGACAAGCCCUACAUUGAGGAGGCUCGAAGGAAUCUCAUUGAGUGGCUGAACAAGUACAUUUAGCAGCACUUAAGCACAAGACAGCUGUUACCCAAAUUUGCCUGGAAAUAAUUAACCAUGACUUCUUACUUUACAUAAAAUAUAGGAAUCCUAAAAUUCCUCUGAAACAUAGAAACUAAAUAAGUGCUCAAUACCUAUAGAACACAAAUGAUAGCAUAAUUAUUAGGGGAAUCUGGGGCCAUUGAGGGACCAGCUAGAUUCUCAGAUAUGGCCUUAUACUGGUAAUUGAACAUUUAAAGUAAUAUACAAAGCCAGGAAAAUCACAAGUUGCCAACUAGGUAGAUUAAACCUCCCAGAUGUUUAUGGGCUUUCCUGAAGCUCAAUGCCAUACGUAUGCAGUGUGAACAGUGUUGAAAUUC